AUGACAGCUUCCAUAGUGGAGGCGCUCAAGCUUUUGGAGAACCGGAGUGAUUCCAAUUUUCAACCAAACAAAUCCGACUCGACUGCGACCAAGGAGCCGUCUCUGGAUGACCCUGCGCUGGGCAAGCCCAUAAGUCAUGGACAGAUCAUCGAUACAUGGGAGCACUUCAAGAGUACAGGACACGAUGAGAUCACACUGGAGGGUCUGCUGGGUGGCGCGUCCAUCUAUGUCCCUCCACCGCCGCAGAAGCCUGAACCUACCAACGAGUACAAAGCUCUGAUGGCCCGGCUGCGACGCGACGAAGAAGAAAGAUCCUACCAACGCAUGCUGCAGAAAGCGCACCCGCGAGAGUCGUUCGCCGAGAGGUUCCCAAGGGCUCCGAUGGCGCAUUCCUUUGCCGAAGUCAACAAGCCGUCGAAAGCUUCCGAUUUGGGCGACGACGAUAUUGAAUUUGGCGACGUGCAGAAACAAAUCACACUCAUCAUCAACUUUCUGGUCAGUAUUUUCGGCUGUGCAGCCGCACUCUGGAAAUUAGCCCAGUGGUGGCCUGUUUCGGCACGGCUCUUUCUUAGCCUGGGCGGCGCUAUUGUAGUCGCCAUCGCCGAAGUUGCGGUCUACUCAGCCUGGACAUGGCGGAUGGGAGAAGGUUCGAAGAAACAAGAGAAGAUGGCCGAAGUCAAGGACAUCGUCAAGACUUGGGUGGUCGGGGAGGAUGUCGAGAAUGAGAGUCUGGAGGAACGGCCGCAACUGCUCAAACCAGAUGACGCGGGACUGGAUACGAAUCUUCGCAAGAGGAUCAAGGGACCAGCAUCAACAUGA